AUGUCGAACAAUGAAGGUUUGCCGGCUGGAGAUGAAAAUCGACGAAAUCCUGCUGCUAAUCUGGUGCCUCCUCCGCCGCCGGCUGCGGCUGUGCUUGCUCCAAUUGCCAUGCACUCCACGUUCACCAUUGAGCCUUUCGAUCGCCAUAAAAUGAAAUGGUCGCGAUGGGUGGAACGUUUGGAAGGUGCAUUUUUGCUGUUCAACGUUCCGGAUCAUGCAAAGCUUCCAAUGCUGCUCCACUACAUGGGAGGGGAGACAUAUGACACAGUCUCCGACAGACUAGCUCCGGAGAAGCCGCAAACCAAGUCUUACGACGACAUCGUUCAGUUGCUCGAGAGUCAUUUCAAUCCACGUCCGUUGGAAAUCCUUGAGAAUUUCCGAUUCUGGUGCCGCAGACAAGGAGACGAGAGAAUGGACGAGUCCAUCGACGAUUAUUUGAUCGCGCUCAGAAAGCUUGCGAUCACAUGCAAUUUCGGAAAUUAUCUACCAACGGCGAUUCGAAAUCAGUUCGUAUUCGGUCUCCGGGACCGGGUCAUUCAAGCAAGACUGCUGGAGGUUCAUGGUCUAACCUUGGAUAGAGCUCGUGAGCUCGCUGUGUCAAUGGAAUUAUCUGCGAAAGGAGGACAAGAAAUCCAGUCUCGUGCCAAGUCUGAAAUGAACUUCGUGGAACAUCCAGCUACCAAAAGUGCCAAAGCGAAAAGUGCGGGAAAAAGUUCAAAUUCUACCAUCGGUGAUGCAAAGAGGAGUGCUUGUUAUCGAUGUGGUAGUGUCGGACAUUUCGCGAAUAAGUGUGUGCAUAUCAAAACAGUCUGUAACUACUGUCGUUUGGUGGGCCAUAUACAAAGGGUUUGCCAAAAGAAGAACCGUGCUCCUGAGAGAAGCGACACUCAUCAGCUAGAAUCUGGCGAGUCGAGUGAAGAAGACAUUGAUCUGUUGUACACCGAUGAAAUCUGUGGACUCUAUGAUAACGCUGUCGAGUCAUGCCGUGUGGAUAAGUUCUGGAUUGAACUGUUCGUGAAUCAAGCUGCAGUGAAUUUUGAAAUCGACAGCGGUGCUCCUAUUACGGUUAUCAGUGUCAGUGAUAAAGAGAAGCUUUUUCCGAGUGUGCAGCUCAGUCCAGCCGAUCUAUCGCUGGUGAGCUAUAGUGGUAAUGCAAUUCGAUUGCUCGGAAGAUGCGCUGUGUCCGUGAAGUAUGCUGAGAAUACCUACCGUUUAAUGCUGUAUGUUGCGGAAACCAAGAAGCAUCCACUCCUGGGGCGAGGUUGGAUGAAAGCGUUGCACAUUGAUUUGCGAAGAUUCUAUGAAGAAGUGCAUACCGUUUCGGAAAUAAGUCCGGUGAAGAAUACGUCAGAAGCGGUGAAGGAGCUGAUUUCGCGAUACAACAGUGUGUGUGAUGGUGCAAUGGGAAAAGUUAAAGGGUUAACAGCAAAGCUGCGUUUGAAACCAGACGCUCAACCGGUUUACUUGAAAGCUAGACCGGUACCGUUUUCGAUCAAGCAAGCUGUCGAGCAGGAAAUCGAGCAGAUGAUAAGGGAUGGAGUGCUUGUGAAAGUUAACCAUAGUUCGUGGGCUACGCCGGUGGUGCCGGUAAUGAAGCUGAACAAUAAAGUGCGUCUUUGUGGUGAUUACAAAAUCACAGUAAAUCCGAGGUUGAUCGUUGAUGAACAUCCUCUUCCAACUGUGGAGGAGUUGUUUGCAAAUGUCGCGGGUGGUGAUUAA